AUGAGUGCGAUAUGCGUUGACCUGGAGACAACGGGGUUCUCUGCGCAGCGUGAUGAUGUUGUCUCCAUCGGUGCGGUGGAGCUGCGUUGGGACGGGACGACUUUGCAACAAUGGGUAUUGGGCGCCCGAUCGUUUUUCCGCACUGUGCGGCCAUCGAAGCCCAGCAGUCACCAGGCGGAGGCGGUGCAUGGCCUUUCAUUUGAAAUGCUGCGAGACGCACCACCACUCGAAGAUGUCAUCUCGGAUUUCGCCGCGUUUCUCAUUCAACUAGACGGCAAUUUGCCGCAGUCGGGGCAGACGGAGGAAAACUAUCGUGCCAAGCCCGGCGAUUUGUCUGCCAAGAAACGUUGCACAGCGGCGACCACCGCCGGCUGUGUGCUCACGCUUCCGCCCGUCAUUGCCCACAACGCGAAUUUCGAUGCCUCCUUUCUGCAGCGUGCGGUGUCGAGGGCCGGUUGGCGGGUGGUGUGGGAUGAAUAUGCCCCGCUUACGUGCACACAGUCGAUGUUUCGGGCACUGUACUCUCACCAGGCGGCCGACUUGUCACGUGCGUGCCAGUUCUGCGGCGUUGACACUUCGGGAAGGGAUGAGCGACACGACGCGCUGCACGAUGCGCAACUCUGCGGGCGUCUUUUUCUUCGACUGGCCGAGAAGUGGCCCUCUCGUCGAUGA